CUUGCCCAUGUUUGUCUGUUGGUUUCAAAAGUCCAGCCUCUUUGGUCUAUCAAAUACCUGCCCCUUCCGGUUCCCCGUGUAGGGAUGCUCACCCUGUUUGCGAGCAUCGCCUGAUGGAAGUCGCUUGGUGUGCGUCAUCGAGAAGUUGUUUGCCCACUAGCAUUAUUCUCUUUCCUGACUCCCCCUUGACUACAACUGUUCCGAGACUCUUGUUGCAGUUACCGCUCCCUGACCGUCCGGCCUUACCUCCUUACCUCAAACGACGGCCGAAGGGACAGUCGUGACAGUCUGUCACCAUGCAUCGACACUAGAACAGACAACCAUCUGAAGGGUAACCUGGACCGAAGGACUGGUCAAGCGCGCAAGGGGCUUGGAGUUGUGAUGACAAGCCCUAGAUGGAGUUCCCCGACGAUGCCUCUGCUUCAACGAUCGGGUGGAGGAGCCACAUCCGGAAUGUCGGGCCUGAUGGUGGCUGCCCGGCAUGUUGGCAAUGUCGACAGCACUCAACCCACGGUCCGGGUUCUGCUGAUCCUCUCGCUCACUUUCGCCCUGAUCAGUGUCCUGUCAACCUUGUCAGCCCUGUAUCUGUUCGUGAAGAUGAGGCGGAGGUUCCGGCAUGAAUUGAUCUUGCUGCUGAUCCAGAGCGACUUUCUGAAGUCCUUCGUCUUCGUCGUCUUCCCCAUCAUCAGCUUCGCCUCGGGCGGGAUCCAGUCGGACUCGGCCUUGUGUCAGAUCAGCGGUUUUACUCUCGCGGUCGGCAUCGAGUCGUCCGAUGUUGCUGUUCUCUUGAUCGCACUGCAUUCUGUGAUGUGCAUCUUUCGACCGAGAUCAGGGUUGUAUGCGUAUCGGCAGGUCGCUUACUCGAUCUUUUACCUCUUCCCCCUCGUGGCUGGGUCUUUAGCCUUCGUCAACGGCAACGGAUACGAGAAUCUGAGCCACUAUUGCUACCUGCGGACCGACAGAAUCUGGACUCGAAUGGCGCUAAGCUGGGUCCCGCGCUACAUCAUUUGCGCAAGCAUCGUCGUUAUAUAUCUCUUCAUUUACUUGUAUAUCCGGAGGCGGAUGGGCGAUUACGAACGGAGGCGCUCGGAAGCCAUGCAGCAGCAACCCCAAAGGCCAUACAUCAGCGCACCGCCCACUCCACGCCUCUGCUGCCAUGGUCUAAUUCCAUCUACACCAACAUCGCGACGAACCUCCGCGGUCGACCCAGUUCCCGCUGAGAAAGACCGCAAGAGAUCUGCAUCGUCAGCCGCGUCGGGCCGGACUGAAGAGAGAAGGACGAGGGGGGAGGCUCAUCAGCCAACAGAACCUGUUGAGUGGAACUGGACAGGUUUCAAAGAGGCUCGAUCCUCGGGCACCACCAGCCCAACGUUAGAUGACACCACCGACCCGGUAUCCCCUCAUAUGCCUCCACUAGUAUCUCCGGCGGCAUCAGAUUCCCGCCGUCCAAACCAAGUCCCCAUUACCGACGGUCCGUCCGAACCACACCCCGCCAAAACCCGCGUACCCUUCCCGCCCCAACCUCAACAACAGGGCAAUCGUCUCUCCUGUUCGAACAACAACAACACGAACAACGACAUCCUCGAAUUCCUGCCGCAGCCCAGCCUCGCCCUCCUUCCACCCCGCGUGGUUUCCAUCUCGAAACACUGCUCACCAGCAGCAAGCGACACCAUCGUUGACGAAACCGACCUAUCUCCGAUCCUGCCAACCUUCCCGACCCUCUGCGCAGCCGACUCGGCCAACACCAAGCAGCGCGAGAAGACUGUCCGCCAGCUUCGCGCCCUCUUCGCCUACCCUUUAGUCUACAUCAUUGUCUGGCUCUUCCCCUUCGUCUCCCACGUCCUCCGGUACGACGACGACGGCGAUGGUGACGGACCAGCCCCUUUCUGGCUGCUGGUGCUGGGCAUCAUCAGUCUUUGUGUGCAGGGCGCGGUGGACUGCGCGCUCUUCAUGGCGCGGGAGACGCCGUGGCGGUAUGCGCAAGGACGGGGAUUUUGGCUGUCCCUGCGCAGACGGUGGGCUUGGUGUCUUGGCGGGUGGUGGUGCUCUGGGGAUGAUGGGGGGAGUGGUAGUAGGGCGGGCAGGACGCGGGAGGAGAUGUUGGUUGAUGGGCGGCUUGCGAGGAAAAGGAGGGAGGAGGAGAUGGUGGUGGAGAGGGACACUGUUCGGUCGAGAAUGGGGGAUGGUGGUAGGGCGAGGGGGAGGGAGUGGUGGGAGGUUCAUGAAGAUUACGGAGAUGGUGGUCUGGAUAGGGGUGGUGGGUUCGAGGGCCCAUCGGGCGACGAAGACGCUGCUCUUCACUACGAAUCUCGGUGAUAGUCUCGACCUACUCCGGCACGCAUUACCCUGUUGCAUUUCUUUUCUACGCUUGUCGGUUCUGGCAUACUAUGGCGGUGUGGUUCACUAUAUACCCUGGAUCUUACACAUUUUGUUUUUGGUACGGCUGGUUUGGUUUCAUGGACGCUCGGUUGCAUACGGCGGCACCCAAGAAAAAAGAAGGAUGGCGGUGCUCCAUGGCGAUUAGGGGUGUUGCAUUUGCAACGGUUGGGCAUUGUCACACGACGCGAGUCAGAUUUAUGUACAGUAAUGCCUGUACGUGUGCAAUUCACCAGAUACAUACUGUAGUAUGUAUGUACAAGUACAUGAGACGGCAUGGAUCUUGGCCUUAUUAAAAUCACAGUCAAAAAGUUGGGUCACGCUUUAAAAC